AUGAACGGCAUCCGGCCUGCGAGCCUGUUUUUGACUGGCAUUCAGUUCUCAUUGAUUUUCGAGGCUUUUGUGAGUUUUUCGGGUGAUUUUUUGAUCUACAGGCUCUCAAGGGGCAGCUCUUUGACUUUCUUGUUCUCAAGGAGUGGCUCCUUGUCAGACAUAUUCUCAAGGAAUGGCUCCUUGACUUACUUGUUCUCAAGGCGCGGCUCCUUGACUCACUUGUUCUAAAGAAGUGGUUCCUUGGCUUACUUGUUCUCAAGGAGUGGCUCCUUGACUUACUCGUUCUCAAGGAGUGACUCCUUGACUUGCUUGUUCUCUAGGCGCAGCUGCUUGACUAACUCGUUCUCAAGGAUUGGCUCCUUGACUUACUUGUUGUCUAGGCGCGGUUUCUUGAUAGAUACGUUCUCAAGGCGCAGCUGCUCGACUAACUCGUUCUCAAGGCGCGGCUCCUUGAUAACCACGAUUUCAAGGCGCUGCUCCUUGUAAAAGUAAAAAUGUUUUUGAUCUACCAAAAGCCACAUUUUUUCCAGAAACUAAUCUGCAAAAAUCUUGGACCUCAAUUUCCAAAAUUCUGCCACCAUUGGUGUUCAGCAGUCGAAAAACUUUCGGAGGAUCCUGUUCUCGUGCAAUUCGCCUACCAUUUUGUGCUCACAUGUAUGGUCAGCGUGGUUCUCGUUGUUCUCUACGAGAUCCGUGCCCGUUUCAGAAACUGAAUAUUGCUCAUGUUAAUUUCCCAUGUUCCCAGUGAAUUGUUGUGUUUUUGUCAUUGCUCAUUUUUUUCGGAAAUAAAUUAUUAGUGUGCGAGUUUUUUGCAAUUGCGUCUAGGCCACGCCCACUUGAGAAAGAGUAAUUUUCUCUUCGAAAAUCCACGUGAUGAAAUUAAUAAAAAAUAAAAUGUUGAGCAGGCAGGGAGAAUUGAACUUGCGAUGCGAGAUUGAAAGGCAAAAGUGCUAUCCACUUGGCCACGCCGCUCUUUAUUUCGCAGAGUCAAAUUUUGUUGAAAGGAGCGCUGCUUGAAAAAUAUUAUUUUUUUUCGAAGACUGAAGGUCUUUUUUCUCUAACCUUCUAAACCUCCCUCUCUCUCUCACCAUUUGUUUCAUGACUCAUAUUAACAGCCAUUCCUUCUUUCUUGUAAAUCAGUUUUUCUCCCGAUCUGAAUUAUUGCAGACAUGUGGCUUCUACAACAUUUAUGUCGAAUUCAGAUUUCUCUGAUGCUUUUGCGAAUGUACAAUUUGAUAUUUGAGGGAGAACAGGAGCCUGGUUAUUUAAUGGUAUAGUUUUGUGGUCGGGGAAAACAUUUUUGAUCUGAAAAAUUUGGCGGGAAAAUUUCAGAGUUGGCCAACUGAAGUGGAAAUGCUCCAGAUGUGUUAUAUUUUGGCUAUUUGGCGAUUUGCGGCUUUGUUUUUCAUCCAAUCGAUUCAAGAUGCAAGAUUCUGGUUCACGAUUUUCUGA